AUGUACUGUAAUAAAGUUUUGCUCUGCGCUCUGGUGUUGCUGACAUGCGCUGCAGCAUUCGAUUUGGAGUUUGAAAAUGAACAGUUUGAAAAUGAAGAGUUUGAAGAUGAACAGCCGCCCCUAACCAGCGGGGAAAUAUGUGUACAAGGGCGCGGGAGGCUAAACUGUGUCGACGCGAUUCGAAGUAAAAUUGAGAACGAAAAGAGGGUCCUUUUGAAAAAACACCGAAAAAUAGCUUCAAAGAAGAAACUUGUAAAAAAGAAGAUCAGCCCUCGCCGCCCUUCAGUCAAGAACAUCUUCAUCAAUAUAAAACCAAUAUAUCCCUAUGGAAGAUAUCCUAAAGAUAGAUAUCCUAAAGGUAGAUAUCCUAAUGAGAAAUAUCCCAAGGAGAAAUAUCCCAAUGAGAAAUAUCCCAGUGAGAGAGAUCCUAAUGAGAGAUAUCCUAAUGACAAAUAUCCUAAUGAGAAAUAUCCUAAUGAGAAAUAUCCCAAGGAGAAAUAUCCCAGUGAGAGAGAUCCUAAUGAGAAAUAUCCCAAUGAGCAAUAUCCCAAGGAGAAAUAUCCCAGUGAGAGAGAUCCUAAUGAGAGAUAUCCUAAUGAGAAAUAUCCUAAUGAGAAAUAUCCCAUUGAGAAAUAUCCCAGUGAGAGAGAUCCUAAUGAGAGAUAUCCUAAAGAGGGAUAUCCUCCUAAAGAAUUCCCCACACCUGAGUUCAGCACUAAGGAAAUCACGAUGCCACCCAUCCCCUCGGCCAAGACUACUAUCCAGCCGGGCGGAAAUAUUUUUGUUAAUUUUAUCUCUGAAGAUGAUUCAAACUCGUCUGCUGAUUCUGGCAUGAAUUGGUCUAAG